GCAGAGAUGCAGAUCUUCGUGAAAACCCUGAUGGGCAGGACCAUCACCCUCGAGUUUGACCCCAGCGACACCACUGAGAAUGUCAAAGCCAAAAAUCCAAGACAAGAAGAGUCCAGCCUGCACUUGGUGCUUCGCCUCUGGGGUGGCAUCAUUGAGCCUUCCCUCCGCCAGCUGACCCAGAAAUACAACUACGACAAGAUAAUCUGCUGCAAGCGUUAUGCUCGCUUGCAUGCCUGCGCUGUCAUCUGCCACAAGAAGUGCGGCCACACCAACAACCUGCGCCCCAAAAGAUUAAAUAAGGCCCCUCCACCAGCUCUUCCUUUGUCCGCAGGGGAGCCUCCUGCCUGA